GGUUUAAGAAAAAGUUUACACAAGGAUUGUAUUGCAAGAAAGGAACCAGCUGAGUGUCUCUUUCCUAAAGAAAUUAUUAAAAACAUUGCCACCCCGGUGUUCCUCCUCCACUCAGCUUAUGAUUUUUGGCAGAUACAAAAUAUCUUGAUACCUGAAGGAUCAGAUCCGUAUCACUACUGGCAAAAGUGCAGACUGGACAUUCAUAAUUGCAAUGCUACCCAGGUUGAAAUACUGCAAGGUUACCGCAGAUCUCUUUUGAAGGCGCUAAAAGAAUUCCAGAAAAAUAAGGAAGGAGGAAUGUUUAUAAGUUCAUGCUUUAUUCAUUGCCAGGCAUGGAUGACUGAGACAUGGCAUGCUCCUACUUCUCCACGAAUAAACAAUAAGACAAUUGCAGAGUCCGUUGGCGAUUGGUACUUUAAUCGAAAUGCAUCAAAGAAAAUUGACUGCCCGUUUCUAUGCAAUCCUACCUGCUAUCAUGUAAAUUUCACACACGGUUGAUUGAACUCAAGAACACAAGUUUUUAGCGGGUUAUUCCCAACUGUAGAUCCUUACUUCCUCAGUAUCCCCUGGUGGAAAUACUCUCCUUGUCCAGUGCAUGAUCCUAUUUUUGUAGAUAUCGAGCAUGAAGGUGUUUUUAGAAGAAAACAGUUUAUAUUGUUGUCACUUCUUUACAUAUAGGAGACAGUCAUUGUUAAAUUUUGUAUAUUACAUUGCAGAGUACAAAUUAACCAAAUGAAAGGCCUUUGCUUGCAAU